UUUUGGUGUGUAAGCGGGGAUAAUUGACACAUCUGUAAUUACCGUAAAUGUCAUAAGCAACCAGGCCACUUUUUUGGGUUGGGGGAACCGAGGAACUUGUAAUUCCAUUGUCGUAUGCUGGUAGUAGAAACCAACAACCGCGUCCGCCAACGUCAGUGAAAAUUUGCCAAAAUAGAAAAAAAAAAUACAAAUAGUUAAAAAUCAACGAGCGACGGGCGCGCGCGCCUUCGUCAUAUUAAAUCACUUAAUAUGCACGGGAGGCAUUCAAUCACGGAGAUAUAUAAAAAAGAUACCCAAACAAUCCAUCCAGCUACUAGAAUGAAAUUGUUUCGGCAAUUCCGAGCUCAGGGGUGUUGUCAACCGUUAAGAGUCGCGGAGGGUGGUGGCCCCAGCUCCACCUCUUCUGGUUUAAUCUUUUAAUGAGCGGCAGGCUUCGCUGAAUGAUUUUGACAAAAAUUAUAGUUGAUUUUCGCCUUUCUUGGUUUGCACAGUUCGAACACCAGCUUUCGGCGAUGGUAUCCACAGUUCUAAUCGGGCACUUCUGGCGAGCGGUCGCAAAGAGAAAACAAUUCCCCGUCCAAGACCCAAGUUAAUAAUAAUAAUAAUAAUAAGUCAACGUGUCCGCAGUCGAGUCAAUAUUUGGAUAGUGUGCUCGUUAGCUGGACAGGAAAAUCACAUAAGUCGGAAAAGCAGUAAAAGCCUUUUUACACGAUGAAGCUAUUAGUGUUUUGGCUAGUCCUCCUGAUUUCACAACUACAGAUCCAGGCCCAAACCCAGCUAAGCUACGAGCAAGCUCGCCAGGCGGUCCUUACGGCGGAAGAGGAGCUGAUGACUGGUGGACACACAUACCUGAACACCCAGGAGGCCAAGGUGGAUGACAUAUUCAUGGAGUACAAGCUCGGGGAGCUGGCCCAGGGUUUCCGAAAUGCGGAGCAGAAUGCAGCAGCUCUGCACUUUUUCAAGGCCAAGCCGCUGAUUGAUCGAAGUGGAGUCUUCCGGUUCCUCCAGAAAAUGCCCAAAGGAUCAGUCCUACACCUGCACAACAGUGCCUCCGUGAGCUCCAAGUGGGUAGUGGACGAUUUGUCCUACAUGUCCGGACUGCUGCGCUGCACCACGGCCACGGGCCGAAGUGUCCUGACAUUCCGGCGAUCGCCACAGAAGCACAAGUGCCAGUCGCAGUACGUCCGUGUUUCCGACGAGCGGCGCAACUCCUUGGAUCGCCAGGUCUACGAUCGGAAUUUCGAACGUCUGAUCAACUUGUAUACCCCAGUGCCAGAGCUGGAGUACCCAACCAUAACCCAUGUUUGGGAUCGGUUUCAGGACAUGUUUGACGUCCUCGGAGAUGCAAUAACCUUUUUGCCAGCUUUUCGUUCCUAUCACUGGCAAAUGCUCGAGGAGCUUUACAACGACAAUAUAAUGUACGCUGAGAUUCGGACAAGUUGCAAGACGCUAUAUGACUCCAGUGGACGCACUUUUCCCCGAGAGCGCACUAUCCGCGAGCUGUACGACCUAAAUGAGAAGUUUGUGAAGCUGCAUCCCGAUUUUCUGGGAUUCAAAGUCAUCAUUGCGGUCUAUCGCGGUUACGAAAUGGAUCAGCUUAAGGAAAACGUUGAGGAGUUUAGAAAAAUUCACCAAGCUUUGCCCCAUUUUGUGGUUGGAUUUGAUUUGGUAGGUCAGGAGGACAAGGGAAAACCACUUUAUAGUUUGCUGCCUGCCCUGAAGGAUUUGCCGCCAACCGCUCGCCUUUUCCUGCACGGCGGAGAGACCAAUUGGUUUGGUGCCUCCACUGACAUCAAUCUGCUAGAUGCUCUGCUGCUCAACACCACUCGAAUCGGCCAUGGUUAUGCACUGGCCAAGCACCCGAUCCUGCUGAAUGCCGUCAAGACCCGCCAGAUCGCCGUUGAGGUGAGUCCCAUUUCGAAUCAGGUGCUGCAUCUGGUUUGGGACCUUCGAAAUCAUCCGGGAGCCCAGUACUUGGCCCUUGAUGUGCCCGUGGUGAUAUGCAAUGAUGAUCCCGGGUUCUGGAAUGCCAAGGGACUGAGCUACGACUUCUACUACGCCAUUAUGAGUCUGGCACCCAACAAUGCCGGUUUGAGAGUGCUCAAGAGUCUGGUGUGGAACUCGGUGCGAUACUCCACGCUGACGGAGGAGGAAAAGUCUCGUGCCUUCCAAAUACUGGAGCUCAGUUGGCAGCGUUUCAUUGACAAGGUGUUGCAGGGCAAAGUGUUCUAA